AUGGCUCCCCAAAAGAAGGCCGGCAAGGGGGCCAAGGAACCCGAGGUCAAGAAGAAGAAGGGUGGGAAGGAGGAUCCCAGCCGGGCCAACAAGCCCAUGGAAAUGCCCAUGAGCGAGGAGAUCCGCGAGUUCUACCACAUCCAGAUCCGCGACCUGGAGAACAGGCUGGCCCGGUACCAGCAAAAGUGGGAUGAGCUGGCUGUGCAGGAGAAGCUGUUUCGCCAGGAGUUUGAGCAGCUGGCCAACAGCAAGAAGGAGGUCGUGGCCUUCCUCAAGCGCACGCUUCACCAGCGGGUGGAUGAGAUCACCGACCUCAAGGAGCAGCUCCACAGCCUGCAGCUGGCCAAGGAGAUGGAGAAGGACGCCUUCGAGGCACAGCUAGCUCAGGUGCGCCACGAGUUCCAGGAGACCAAGGACCAGCUCACCACUGAGAAUAUCAUCCUUGGGGGGAAGCUGGCAGCCCUGGAGGAGUUCCGGCUGCAGAGAGAGGAGCUCAUGGAGAAGUUUGUGUUGCUGGAGGACCAGCUGCGGAAGCAGGAGAACGAGUACAAAGAGUACGUGCACAGCCUGGAGAAGAAGUCGGUGCUGGACAAGGACAGAUUGAAGAAGGAGAUCAUCCAGCGCGUGAACAUGGUGGCCACUGAGUUCCGCAAGGCGGCCACGAGCCAGAUGUGGGACACGACCAAGCGGGCCAUCAUGGAGAACACCACCGUAACGCUGCAGCUGGCCAGGACCUCCCGGCAAGGCAUGCAGCUGCUGUGGGAGAACGAGCAGCUCAGGGGCAACCGGGACGACCUGUGCAGGCAGCUGGAGCUGCUGGAGAACGCCCAGAAGGUCAUGGCCAGGCACAGCAGAGGCCACCGGAAGGUCAUCCUCAUGCUGACGGAGAAGUGCCGCGAGCAGCAGCGGGUCAAGGCCGAGGCCAAGCAGCUGCGCCUCCUGCAGAGCCAGCUGGAGCAGAGCCUCGCGCAGCUGCGGAAGGACAACCAAGCACUGAGGAGCCAGAGAGAACAGCUGAACCUGCAGCUGGAGCGUCAGCAGGCCGAGGGACAGCGGCUACAGCAGGAGCUGGCCGAAGAGCAGAGGGUUCGGGCGAGCCUGGAGGCAGCCCUGGCCCAGGCCACCUCCUUCCUACAGGACACUGUGCAGAUGCAGCCCGACGAGGAGGAUGGUGACUUCGAUGUAGUGCUCCAGCUGCACUGCAAGGAGAUGCUGAAGCACCUGCUGGUCAUGCUCAGCUCGGCCGUGGUCCUGAGCCCCCAGAUGGCUGUGUCCCCCCACCGGAAGAGCCAGUCCUCUGGCCCACCAAAGGAGCGGCGGUGCAACACCCAGCCACUCAAGACAGGGCCUCUGCUGCAGCGGCUGUCCAGUGUCACACCCUACCAGCUAGGGGACCUGGGCCUGGUGCCUCGACGGAUACACAUCCCACCCGACCCUGAGGACCUCAGGCUGCUCUCACAUACCACCCGUGUGGGAAACUUAUGGGCUCACAGCAGCCCUGAGAUCCGUACCUCCGGUUCUCCAAAAAGGUUCAAAAAGUUUAGUCUUCCUGAAGUUUCCCUACGUUCUAAGUAG